UUCUACGAGAAACCCUUUUAUUGGAUAAAGCUUUUCUGCUUCUUUUAUUUUUUGAUAAUGGGUUUUGUUUGAUUGUGGGUAAAACCCUAGAAGGAGAGUGACAAAAGUUAAAGGACGAUGCCAAAUUAAAGUAUGAACAGUUAAGUGAGUAUCGAUGGGUUUCAUGGCGCCAUGUGGAGAGCACAUACGUUCUACACUUCCACAUGGAUUCGUCAAUCUAUAACUUUGAGAUUGAGAAAUGAUAGUAGUUUUACUCCUUUCAAGAGAGAAACAGUGGCAAAUAAGAACAAACAGUUUGGUGCCAAGAGCAAACAGAAAACCCAGAUUUUGUUUUUUCAAGUAAAAGCUCUGUAAGAAGAAAAAAGCCAGAAGGAACACCCUAAUUUCAAUGCAAGAGAUCGUAAAAGAGAUAUCUUUCCCUCUUUCUCCAAUUUCUUUAGUCAACCAGAUUAUUGUGUUCUGCCUGGAAUCUUCAUAAUCUCUAUCCAGCUAUAUUAGUGUGGUAGCUUUUCUGCUUUUAUAUAGAUCUGCUUCUUGCUAUUUAAGCCAUUUCCUAAAGGAAAAAUGGGGAAAACAGGUGAAAGUCGAAUCUUUUCUUCCUUACACUGUAUCUUCAAACUCUCUUUUCUCUGUUUUGCGGUCUUUGUUCUUUCUCUAAUAUUUUUUUGUUUCAAAACUUUUGGAUUAUCUCCUUUUCUUGUAACAAUCUCUAUUUUGUUUGUAUCAACUAUUUUUAUUGUCACAUUUUUAAAGAAAAAGGGGAUUACCAUUGAGAAUAUUGAGAAGCCAAAUCAAGAUGAAGGUUCCAUUUGUAGCCCAAAGAGCAUACUUGUGAAGGAAGUUGAACAGAAGCUAAAUCAAGAACUAGAAAUUGUUACGUUGUGUAAUUCUGCUCAAGAAAGUGAAGUUAGUGACAUACAUGAUUAUCAAGUUGAAUCAACAGAUUUUCCAUCAGCUAGUGAAAGUGGUGAUGAUUUGUCAGAAAGUGAAAAUUUUGAGCUCAAUUGGAUGUCUUUCAAUAAUGCAAGUAAAAAUGUAGCAAUUUCUGAAAUUUUAGGUUCUUCUUCUGAAGAUGACGAAGAUGAAGAUGAUAAUCUCAUUGAAAUCAGUUUUCCGGAUAGUAAUUCUGUUGAGUUGAAUGAAGAGUCAGAGGAAAAAUUGCAGACAUACAUGUCUGAAAAUGUUUUCAAUCAAGAGGGUUUACUGGAGCUAUUAGCAGAUAUCAAUGAGGUUACUGAGGAAGAGAACUUGAUUGAGAUUGACCUUUCUAUGGGCUCCAUCAAGGGUUGAAGUUUAGAUAUUGAACCAGAAAUGAAGGAUACUGAAAAUAUCUUCUUCUGUAACUAAGGUUCAUGCUAGGGUUUAGGCGUAGGACAAGAAGUUAUUGUAUGUUUCAGUAAUGCUUGUGUUUCUAUUGCAGCUUCUGCAGUAUUAUUAAUUAACUUGGUCUAUCUUACAAGUUUGAUAUUUUUUGGAACA